AUGAUGAAUAUGGAAGUGAAAUAUUCAUUACAUGGUUUCUACAAUAGAAACAUGAGUGAUAUGAAUGGGGAGAAAAUCCAAACAAACGAAGAUAUGCAUAAUAAUAAGAAGAAGAAAAAUAAUGAGAGAGUUGGUAAUUCAGGUUUAGGAAAUAUGAGUUUUCACAACCUAUCAAAGCUCAUUGUUCCUCCUUUAGGUUCCUCUGGUUAUAACCAGAAUCAGACUGAUCUUCACAAAGGCAACACUAUCUCACCUAUCAAUUCAACAUACAGGUGUUGGGAGACACUAAUGGUGGUAUUGGUGGCAUAUUGUGCAUGGGUAUGUCCAUUUGAGAUGGCAUUCAUGAACUUAAACCCAAACAAGAAGCUUUAUAUUGCAGAUAAUAUUGUCAAUCUCUUUUUUGCCGCUGAUAUCAUCUUGACCUUCUCCGUCGCAUACAUUGAUUCAACCUCUCAGCUUCUUGUUCGCGAUCGAAAAAAAAUUGCUACAAGAUACGUAUCAACAUGGUUUCUGAUGGAUGUGGGCUCUACCAUCCCUUUUGAUUUAGUGGCCAUGUUCUUUACUGGCAAACACCAAGUUGGCAUCUCUUAUUCUGUCUUAGGAGUACUCAGAUUUUGGCGUCUUCGCAAAGUUAAGCAAUUUUUCACCCGACUUGAAAAGGAUAUGAGAUUCAGCUAUUUUUGGAUCAGAUGUGCUAGGCUUUUGUUUGUAACACUAUUUUCAGUGCACUGUGCUGGAUGCCUCUAUUACUUGUUGGCUGACAGAUAUCCCCACCAAGGAAAUACUUGGUUAGGAUCUGUGAAUCCAAAGUUCAGAGAGACGAGCCUUUCGAUUAGAUACAUUUCAGCUAUUUAUUGGUCUAUCACCACCAUGACAACUGUUGGUUAUGGUGACCUCCAUGCGGUUAACACUGUCGAAAUGAUCUUCAUCAUUUUCUACAUGCUCUUCAAUCUUGGCCUUACUGCUUACAUUAUCGGCAACAUGACCAAUUUAGUUGUUGAAGGAACCAGUCGCACCAUGGAAUUCAGAAAUAGCAUACAAUCAGCUUCAAACUUUGUGUGUCGAAAUCACUUGCCUCCAAGACUGAAGGAGCAAAUACUGGCUUACAUGUGCUUAAGAUUCAAGGCAGAGAGCUUAAACCAACAACAACUAAUUGAACAACUUCCCAAGACAAUCUGCAAGAGUAUCCGACAUCAUUUGUUUUUGCCAACUGUUGAAAAGGUCUAUCUUUUCAAGGGUAUCUCCAGGGAAAUUCGCUUGCACCUUGUUGCUGACAUGAAGGCUGAUUAUAUACCCCCAAGGGAAGAUGUCAUAAUGCAGAAUGAAUCGCCAGAUGAGGUUUAUAUCAUAGUUUCAGGGGAGGUGGAAAUGAUUGAUAGUGAGAUGGAGAAUGAGCAGAUUGUUUGGACUCUGAGAUGUGGAGACAUGUUUGGAGAAGUUGGGGCCUUUUGUUGUAGGCCUCAGAGCUACACAUAUCGGACAAGGACACUUUCACAGCUCUUAAAGAUAAGGACAAGUUCUUUGAUUGAAGCAAUGAAGAGCAGACAAGAGGAUAACAUGACCAUGAUGAAGAACUUCCUUCAGCAUCAUAAGAAGCUCAAGGAUCUAAGACUUACAGACUUGUUCGUUGAUGUUGGGGAUAAAGAUAGUGAUCCAAACAUGUCCAUCAAUUUGUUGACUGUUUCCAGUACAGGCAAUGCCACUUUCCUUGAUGAGCUUCUCAAGGCAAGAUUAGACCCUAAUAUUUGUGAUUCCAAAGGGAGAACUCCACUGCAUAUAGCAGCAUCAAAAGGGCACGAAGAAUGUGUAAUGGUGCUUCUCAGACAUGGAUGUAACAUACACUUACAAGAUGUAAAUGGUGACACCGCAUUAUGGGAAGCUAUCACAGCAAAACAGCAUCCCAUAUUUGAAAUCCUGUACCAUUGGGCAUGUAUCUCUGAUCCAUAUGUUUCUGGUGACCUCCUAUGUAAAGCAGCUAGGAGAAAUGAAUUAACAAUUAUGAAGGAACUCCUCAAACAUGGAUUACUUGUUAACUCAAAAGAUCGACAUAGAUCAACUGCUAUGCAUAUUGCAAUAGAAGAAAAUCAUUUAGAGAUGGUAAAGCUUUUAUUAUUAAACGGAGAUGAAAUUGAUGAUACAUUGAAGGACAAGCUUUCAUCGAUGAACCUAAGUGAAAUACUGCAAAAACCAGACGUUGGGCACAGGAUAAUAAUAUCCGAUACUAUGGAUGAAGUUGAUCAUAAGUGGCAUGAACAGGAACAAAAAUACGACUUUGAAAGUCAUACAGAUCAAUGUGCUUUUAGAGUUAGCAUAUACAGAGGUCAUCCUGAGUUCAGGAGAAGAAGUCAGUGCAAUGAACCGGGAAGGUUAAUAAAGCUUCCCGAUUCACUUGAAAAACUCAAGGGCAUUGCAGGCCACAAGUUUGGCUUUGAUGCAAAAGAUGCAUUGGUGACAAAUGAAGAAGGAGCGGAAAUUGACUCGGUUGAAGUCAUUAGGGAUAACGAUAAGCUUUAUAUAUAUAGUUGAAUAUACAAACUCCAUAAUGUAGCAUGAGCUGUUCUACUAGUAUUUAAGUCUUUGUUCUAUUAUUUACACUGCUAUAAAAUUUAAGAAAAGGAUUUUACCUCUUUCA